CGCUAACAGCGGCAGCUAAUGUGCGCUAGUUCGGUAUGCUAACACAGCAGAUCGUAGCUUGGCUCAGUGUGUCAGACGCGCUGACGAGAUCCUGUGCUGAAAUGUUUCAUGUUCAUCCAGCUAUUUAUUAACAACAUCCGCGAUCAUUCAGCUUCGUGUAUGUUCAAGUCGACGACCACAUUAAGCUAGUUUGUGAACUGAGAAGUGAGCUGUAGCCCGUGGUGUGCUAGGGAGCUGAUCAGUGGACUGAGCUGACUUGUUGAUUUCGCCAUUAACCAGAUUAUGAACGGUGAAAGAUCCAGACCGGACUCCCCCCUGUACGGGUGAUGGCAGCUCGUCUGCAGUCAUAUGACAGUAACUCCAGUGACACCGAAAACUGGGAACGAAACGCAACAAGCCGACCUCGCAAACUCUGCAAGCAUUCGAGCAACCAGACCCGUGCAUCUCGAGUGGAGGCACAACAGAGGAAGAUGAGCCUGCAUGGUGCCAGUGGGGGCUGUGACCGCUCACGUGACCGCCGCCGCUCCAGUGAUCGCUCCAGGGACUCCUCACAUGAGAGAGAAGGCCAGCUCACACCCUGCAUUCGCAACGUCACCUCACCCACCCGCCAACACAACAGUGAUCGUGAACGAGAUGGUGGCCAAUCAUCGAGACCCAGCAGUCCUCGGCCUCAGAGAGUGUCUCCCAGCGGCUCCAGCAGCAGUGGGGUGGUGAGCAGUCGUAACAGCAGCCUGUCCAGUACUGAAGGCACCUUCAAAAGCUUGGGAGUUGGUGAAAUGGUUUUUGUCUACGAGAAUCCCAAGGAGGGAGGAGCGAGUGCCACUGUUGGUAACCGCAACAUUAGGACUUCAGAGAAAGUCACUCUGAUCGUUGACAACACGCGCUUCGUAGUAGACCCUUCCAUCUUCACUGCACAACCCAAUACCAUGUUGGGCAGAAUGUUUGGAUCAGGAAGAGAGCAUAAUUUCACACGACCCAACGAGAAGGGCGAGUAUGAGGUGGCCGAGGGAAUCAGCUCAACAGUUUUCCGAGCAAUUCUGGAUUACUACAAAUCUGGGAUAAUCCGUUGUCCUGAUGGAAUCUCCAUCCCGGAGUUGCGGGAGGCCUGUGACUAUCUAUGUAUAUCUUUUGACUACAGCACCAUCAAAUGCAGAGACCUUAGUGCCCUGAUGCAUGAGCUGUCCAAUGAUGGAGCUCGGCGACAAUUUGAAUUUUACCUGGAAGAAAUGGUUCUGCCUUUGAUGGUGGCCAGCGCCCAGAGUGGAGAGAGAGAAUGUCACAUUGUAGUCCUUACUGAUGAUGAUGUGGUAGACUGGGAUGAAGAAUAUCCACCUCAAAUGGGAGAGGAGUACUCACAGAUCAUUUACAGCACAAAACUGUACAGAUUUUUCAAGUAUAUUGAGAACCGAGAUGUUGCCAAAUCAGUUUUAAAGGAGAGGGGAUUAAAGAAAAUACGACUGGGUAUUGAAGGUUAUCCUACAUAUAAAGAAAAAGUCAAGAAAAGACCAGGAGGUCGUCCAGAGGUAAUUUACAACUACGUCCAGAGGCCCUUCAUCCGCAUGUCCUGGGAAAAGGAAGAAGGUAAAAGCCGCCAUGUGGACUUCCAGUGUGUCAAGUCCAAGUCCAUCACUAACCUGGCAGCAGCAGCGGCUGAUAUCCCCCAGGACCAGCUGGUGGUGAUGCACCCUGGCCCCCAAGUGGACGAACUGGACAUCCUUCCUAACCACCCACCUAGUGGGAAUCACUACAGCAACAACUACAGCAACGAGCCUGAUGCUGAUGCACCUUCACCCGCUGUCUGAGGCCACACUGGUCCUCCUUCAAUGCCUCUGCCCCUCUCCUAUUCCUCCAGACCUUUUCCCAGCAUGCUGCAGCAUGGAGCGCCAGGGGUACCAUAACCAUAUUGCCUUGACACCUCCGUUGCAGCCUUAGAGCCUCAAGAACCUGGUUGACUGUAAAAAAAAAAGAAAGAAAAAAAUACAA